AGCCAUCUCCUUCCUCUCGAACCGCUCCUUCGUGUUCCCCCUCGUUCUCGCCCUCGAUCCCGAAACCCGAUCAUCGGAGCUCCCAAUCUCUAGGGUUUCCGGCGAUGGCCUCCUCGUCUCCGAUGGGGACGCCGGUGGUGGCGGCUGUGGCGGUGGCCGCCUUCCGGAGCGCUUCCAAUUGGUGGGACGAUGUUAACCACUCCCUUCUUUGGCAGGACCGCAUCUUCCACGCCCUUGCUGCUCUCUAUGGCCUUGUCUCCGUCGUCGCGCUGAUCCAAUUGGUUAGGAUUGAAUGCAGAGUUCCGGAAUAUGGGUGGACGACGCAGAAGGUGUUCCACUUCCUGAAUUUUCUCGUUAAUGGAGUUCGAUCGGUUGUGUUUGUGUUCCGUAGAAAUUUGCAGCAGUUUGAGCCGAUAUUUCAACAUGUGCUACUAGAUUUGCCGGGCUUGGCGUUCUUCACGACUUAUGCUUUGUUAGUGUUGUUCUGGGCUGAGAUAUAUUAUCAGGCACGGGCAGUAUCCACGGAUAGAUUAAGGCCAAGCUUUUAUACAAUUAAUGGAGUGGUUUAUGUUAUUCAGUUGGCUUUGUGGUUGCUUUUAUGGUGGAAGCCUGUCCCACCUGUGAUUGUCCUUUCUAAGAUUUUCUUUGCUGGUGUUUCAUUGUUUGCUGCCCUUGGGUUUCUUCUGUAUGGAGGGAGGUUCCAAAGGAAGACGAAAGAAGUUGCAGGAGGUUGGCUAUGUGACCACAAUAUGCUUCUCUUGUUUCUUGGUGAGAUGUAUUAUGAUGUGCUUCAACGCCUUUGACAAAGCUGCAGAUCUUGAUAUCCUAGACCAUCCAAUCCUGAACUUUUUAUAUUACUUGCUGGUGGAAAUCCUUCCUUCAUCUCUAGUCCUUUUCAUCUUGAGGAAGCUACCACCCAAGCGAGGAAUCACACAGUAUCACCCAAUCCACUGAAUGGCAGGGACAAGAACCUUUCAAUUAUCAUCAAAGGUGCCACACAGAAACAGCAAACGGGUAUCCUAAGAACUCAAAAGUGGUGAAAGGACCUCUCUAGGUUUGUCUCUAUGGUGCAAGAUGGUGAAGAGUGUGUCAUGUAAGUCUGUGUAUAGUACUGCUGCUUUCGUAUAAUGACAAUUCUGAUCUUGACCCAUGCUGAUUCAUAUUUAUUAUGGUCUCUACAUAGUGUUGAUGCUUAACAUCUUCUCUAUUAUAGCACUAGUAACUGUCUGGUUGUUCUUUGAAACUCUCUUAAAUUGCUCUCUUUGUAUGCGUU